AUGUAUGUGGGAUAUCUUUUGGAUAAAGAGAGCAGCAUGUACCACCAAGGACCCGUACGUCGUUCCAGCAUCAAUUUGCCACCACAGAACUUCGUUUCAACACCUCAAUAUUCUGAUUUUACUGGAUAUCAUCAUGUGCCCAACAUGGACACGCACCCUCAAUCUACGGGGGCAUGGGGAGCUCCUUAUGGCGCACCAAGGGAGGACUGGGGUGCCUAUAGUCUGGGACCCCCUAAUACUAUAUCGGCACCCAUGAGCAAUUCUUCCACGGGACAAGUUUCCUAUUGCUCAACUGAUUACAAUCCCAUGCACGCUCCAGGAUCUGCUGUAUUACCUCCACCUACAGAAAAUAUAUCCGCGGCCCAGCUGUCUCCAGACAGAGAAAAGCGCAAUUCUUAUCAGUGGAUGAGCAAAACUGUCCAGUCGUCUUCAACAGGCAAAACAAGAACAAAAGAAAAAUAUCGGGUGGUGUACACCGAUCAUCAGAGGCUUGAAUUGGAGAAGGAAUUUCAUUUUAACCGUUACAUCACCAUCAGACGAAAGGCAGAGCUGGCGGUGAGCCUCGGGCUUUCAGAGCGACAGGUGAAGAUUUGGUUCCAAAAUCGCAGAGCCAAGGAGCGAAAGUUAAUCAAAAAGAAAAUGGGCCAGUCUGACGGCAGUGGAGGGUCUGUACAUAGUGACCCAGGUUCGGUGAGCCCUCUACCUGUGCCUGGGUCUCUGAGUCCGUCGGAUAUACAUGGUUCACUCUAUCCACCAACAGGCAUGAACACCUUACCAUCGAUGAGGAACAUACAACAAGUUACUGUUACACAGUAA